AUGGAAGAACUGCAUGAAUCUGAAGUUAACCCUUUUCAAGGUAAAAUGAGGGAAUUCAGCCUAUCCGAAGAGUUUGAUUCCUUGAAAGAAUUGGAGUUUCCUCGUGUUGCUCCGCGAAGCGAUACAGCUACACCCAAAUCUUCAGUUGUAGAUACUUCUAAUCGAAAACGAACAAGAAAGUCGGUACGCUGGGCUGACGUUCUUACAACUUCAGAUAAUAUGGUUCAAACACCGACCACUUCAACGGUCACUACCGAUGCAGGUGUUGGCAGUUCUUCACGCAAAAGGCGGCGCUGA